UCAAAACUCACUGAAUUAUGAGCAGCUUCCAGAGUUCCUGCAGGAACGACAUUUGUUUGUUUGUUCUCCUAAACUGUGACCAGCAUCAUCUUCAAUUCGACAACAACGCCAAAGAAUCCACGGUUGGGGUGAGAUCCCAGCGUUGAAGAAGCUCCAACAUGGACAAGAGAAUGCUGAGAGGAGACUUGCUCACAGGUGAAGGUGAAAGUGAAGUCUCUGCUGAGACUCGGGGCAAAGAGCAGGGAGAACCCACCUCUGUACGUCCUCAGUGUGAGAACCAUGAUGACCAGACCAGUCCUCAGAGGAUCAAUCAGGAGGGAACAGAGGAGUCUGGACUCGGCUGUGUGUCUCUGAAAAGUGACCAGUCCAUGUACAUUGGCAUUGACUUCAAAGGUGAAUUAAAGGCUUUAGAGGACAGAGUGGAUCAACAUAUCUCAGAGCAUCAGCAUAUGUCACAUCUAGACUCCAUACGGCAGCGGUUGGAGAAGAAGUUCCUCAGGUACGUGGGGAGAGUCUGGAUGACUCUCAGCGCAGAUGAGCCAGAACCCCCAGAGACUAUGGAGUCUGAGGAACAAUGGAGGAGCAUCAGUGAGGAGUUCUUGAAGAUAACAGUUCUCCUCCUGAUGGACAUGGGGGAAGAGGAUCUGGCUGAGCGACUCCGAUGCAGAAGUCGUGCUGCUGAGUCUGGACGUCAGCUGAAGAAGAGACUGCAGAAGAAAUUCCAAAAUGUGUCUGAGGGGGUCCCUAAAGCAGGAAACUCUGUCCCUCUGAAUCAGAUCUACACAGAGCUCUACAUCACUGAGGGGGGCACAGACCAGGUCAACCAGGAGCAUGAGGUCCGACAGAUCGAAGCAACAACCAAGAACCAGACCAGAGCAGAAACAACCAUCAGACCAGAAGACCUCUUCAGAAGGUCACCUGACAGAGAGUCACCAAUCAGGAGCCUGCUGACGAAGGGCGUCGCAGGCAUUGGGAAGACCCUCCUGACCCAGAAGCUGACUCUGGACUGGGCUGAAGACAAAGCCCACCAGAACUUCCUGUUCAUGUUUCCAUUCACCUUCAGAGAGCUUAACCUGCUGAAAGAAAAGAAGUUGAGUUUGGUGGAACUUGUUCACCUCCUCUUCCCAGAAACCAAAGAAUCAGGACUCAGCAGCUUUGAUGGAGUCCAGGUCCUGUUCAUCCUGGAUGGUCUGGACGAGUGUCGACUCCCUCUGGAUUUCAACAGUGGGGUCCUAACACAAGCUAGAGAGUCCACCUCAGUGGACGUCCUGUUGACCAACCUCAUCAAGGGGAACCUGCUUCCCUCAGCUCGCCUCUGGAUCACCUCACGACCUGCAGCAGCCAAUCAGAUCCCUCCUGAGUGUGUGGACAUGGUCACAGAGGUCAGAGGGUUCACCGACCUUCAGAAGGAGGAGUACUUCAGGAAGAGGUUCAGAGAUGAAGAGCAGACCACCAUCAUCUCUCACAUCAGGAGAUCACAAAGCCUCUACAUCAUGUGUCACAUCCCCAUCUUCUGCUGGAUCACUGCCACAGUUCUGGAGGACAUGUUGAAGAGCAGAGAGACCAGAGAGCUGCCCAAGACCCUGACGGAGAUGUACAUCCACUUCCUGGUGGUUCAGGCCAAAGUCAAGAAGCUCAAGUACCAUGGAGGAGCUGGGACAGACGAGGUUUGGACUCCUGAGACCAGGGAGAUGAUUAAGUCUCUGGGAAAACUGGCUUUUGAACAGUUGCAGAGAGGAAACUUGAUCUUCUAUGAAUCAGACCUCACAGAGUGUGACAUCAACGUCAGAGCUGCUUCAGUUUACUCUGGAGUGUUCACACAGAUCUUCAGGGAGGAGACAGGACUUUACCAGGAUAAGGUCUUCUGCUUUGUCCACCUGAGCCUUCAGGAGUUUCUAGCUGCUCUGCAUGUCCACCUGACCUUCACCAUUUCUGGAAUCAACCUGCUGGACCCUCAAGCUCCUCCACAGUCUGAGGUCAAACUUGAUCUCCAACACUUCUACCAGACAGCUGUGGUCCAGACCCUGGAGAGUCCAAAUGGACACCUGGACUUGCUCCUGCGCUUCCUCCUGGGUCUUUCACUGAAGACCAACCAGAAACUCCUGCAAGGAUUUUUGGGGAUGACAAGAAGAAGAUCCUGGUCUAAUAAGAACACAUCAAAGAUCAUCAAGGAGACAUUAUGUGAGAAUGUGUCUCCAGAAGGAGCCAUUAACCUGUUCCACUGUCUUAGUGAGCUGAGGGUCACUUCCCUAGUGGAGAAGAUCCAACAGCAGCUGAAAUCAGGAGGUCUUUCUAGACGUCUGUCUCCCGCUCACUGGUCUGCUGUGGCCUUCAUCCUCCUGUCCUCUGAAGAACAUCUGGAUGUGUUUGACCUGAGCAAAUACUCUGCUUCGGAGGAUGUUUUUCUGAGACUGCAGCCUGUGGUCAGAGCUUCAAACAAAGUCUUGCUGAGAAGCGGUGGACUGUCAGAGAGAAGUUGUCCACCUCUGUCCUCAGUCCUCAGCUCCCCGUCCUCCAGUCUGACACACCUGGACCUGAGUGACAACCAGCUGCAGGAUUCAGGAGUGAAGCUCCUGUGUGCUGGACUGGAGAGUCCACACUGUCACCUGGAGACUCUGAGGUUGAGACUCUGUGGACUGUCAGAGAGCAGUUGUUCACCUCUGGCCUCAGUCCUCAGCUCUCCGUCCUCCAGGCUGACACACCUGGACCUGAGGGACAACCAGCUGCAGGAUUCAGGAGCAAAGCUCCUGUGUGCUGGACUGGAGAGUCCACACUGUCACCUGGAGACUCUCAGUCUGUCAGGGUGUCUGAUCUCAGAGGAAGGCUGUGCUUCUCUGGCCUCAGCUCUGAGAUCCAACCCCUCCCAUUUGAGAGAGCUGGACCUCAGCUACAAUCAUCCAGGAGGACCAGGACUGGAGCAGCUGACUGCUGGAGUGGAGAGACCAGACUGGAGGCUGGAGAUUCUCAGGGUGAACCACGGUGGACAGAAGAGGUUAAGACCUGGUCUGCUCAAGUAUGUCUGUCAGCUCACACUGGACCCAGACACUGCUCACCAACGCCUCCUACUGUCUAACAACGACAGGACAGUGGGACAAGGAAGCCAAGACCAAAACUAUCCAGAACAUCCCGACAGGUUUCACAAAUAUCAUCAGCUGCUUUGUAGAGAUGCUCUGCGUGGUCGCUGUUACUGGGAGGUGGAGUGGAGAGGAGGAAUUUAUAUCUCAGUGACUUACAGAAGAAACAGUGGAGAUGCCGAGUAUCUGUUUGGAGACAACGAUCAGUCCUGGAGUCUGAACUGCUGUGAUGGAGGAUAUUUUGCUUCUCACAAUGGUGACUUCACAGCGAUCGAGUCCAGCUCUGUCUCUAAGAGAGUCGGAGUGUUUGUGGAUUGUACAGCAGGAACCUUGUCCUUCUACAGAGUCUCCACUGAUGCUUGGAUCCACCUCCACACCUUCUUCACCUCCUUCUCUCGACCACUCUACCCAGGAUUUACUCUCUAUCAGUCUGAUUCUUCUGUGACUCUAUGCGACCUGAAUGAGUCAGCAGCUGUGUAGAGUGGACAUGUGCUUGUUCGACAUACCAUGUGGGUGGCGUUGUCUUGCUAUCACAACAGACCACUGAAGCGCAGACACACUGAAACGACUUGGAGACGCUGGGGUGGACGAGGAGGCCAACUAAUAACUGCACUUCACUCACAGCUACAUAACUGUCAUUUUUUGUGAAAUUCAAAGUUUGCUUAA